AUGAAUCGAAUUUUUAUUAUUCUUUUUGUCUAUCUUGCUUUACAAGGAACAACUGCUGAUCUUAAAUCAAAACGAAAAGCAUGUCAUGAUUAUGUUGGCGAUCGUGCAAAUUGUCAACGAUUUGUUCGUUGUUUUCAUAAUUUAAGAGUUUUAUUUACAUGUGCUAGUGGUACAGUUUAUGAACCUAAAUUAAAAACAUGUGUCGCUAAAGAUUUAGUUACAAAUUGUGAUGAUUCAAAAGAUCGAGUUGAAAUAACAAUUAGUUCAAAUGUUACUACAUCUGAUGAUGAAUAUCCAACUAUUGAAGCUGAUGUCGAUGCACUUGAUAUGCUAUCACUAAAAGAUGUUUCAGGCAAAGAUUCAUUUGUCACUGCACCAAAACAAUUCGGUUGUGGAUCAUAUUGUAAAAAUCAAGGUAUUUGUAUUAUUGCUGCUCAAGCAGUUACUUGUCAAUGUCCAAAUGGUUAUACUGGUGUUCAAUGUCAAAUAACACAAGGUUGUUAUCCAAAUCUAUGUGAUAAUGGUGGAAUUUGUAAAGAAGUCUAUCCGAAUACGAUUGAAUGCAUUUGUCCACCUGGUUUUGUUGGAUCUUUAUGUAGUUAUUCUGAUAUUACUAUUACAAUUACACCUAUUAAUGACAAUCCUAAUCAACUAUGUUUAGUUAAUCCUUGUUUAAAUGGAGCAUUUUGCUUAACUGUAUUUGGUGGAGACUCUCGUUGUGUCUGUCAAACAGGCUAUACAGGUCUCCUAUGUGAUUAUGCAGCUCUUAUCGUUCUUCCACUACCAAAUCAAUGCCAACCAAAUCCAUGCCAAAAUGGUGGUACUUGUUAUCUUCGACAAGGUACAUUUGGCUGUUCAUGUCCUGUUGGCUUUAGUGGUGUAUGUUGUGAAAUAAACUUAGCUGCUUCAAAUCCAUGCUAUACUAAUCCAUGUGUAAAUGGCGGAACAUGUCAAAUAGCAGGACCUAAUCUUUUCCGAUGUGUAUGUCCAACUGGUUAUAAUGGUCUUCGUUGUGAAUUACGUGUAUGUGAGCCAAAUCCAUGUUUAUAUGGUGGUAUUUGUAUAGUUAUUGGUAAUUCAUUUCAAUGUCAAUGUCCACCACAAUAUACUGGGCCAACUUGCGCUAUUUUAAUUCCACCACCAAAUCCAUGUAAUUCUCAGCCAUGCCUAAAUGGAGGUACCUGUACACCAACAGGUCCAACAACAUUUGUUUGUUCAUGUACACCAAGUUACUAUGGUCCAUGCUGUGAAACUCGUAAUUAUUGUAUACCAAAUCCAUGUUACAACGGUGGUUCAUGUGUUGUUACAACAACUGGUUAUAUUUGUCAAUGUUCAUUUCCUUUUACAGGUAGUAAUUGUGAAACAUUGAUUACUACACCAGCUCCUCGACCUGUUUGUGCCUGUAUUAUUUGUCCAUGCCCAACACCAGUUGUUACAGCAGUCAAUCCAUGUCUACCUAAUCCUUGUCAAAACAAUGGUGGAUGUGGUGUUGUUCAAAAUGUAGCUCGAUGCUAUUGUCCAACUAGUUUUACUGGUUAUUACUGUCAAUUUGCACGUAAACGAGCUAUGAGCAAUGCUCUAUGUGCAAAUUGGACAUGCAUGAAUAGUGGUGAAUGUUAUGUUAAUGAAAAUGGUCCACAAUGUACAUGUCCAAAACCAUAUUAUGGUAAACGUUGUGAAUUAAUGAAUCGACCAAGAACAUGUACACCAAGUCCAUGUGGUAAAGAUGGCCAAUGCAUAAUAACACAAGAUGGUUAUAAAUGUCUUUGUAAAAAUGAUACAACAGGUGUACUUUGUGAACAAAAAAUAAUGCCAAAAAAUUAUCGUUGGUGCCCAAUAGAUUGUCGUGCUGGUACAAAUUGUGUUUAUGAAGGUAGUACACCUAAAUGUCGUGUUCUUUAA